CUUGCCAUUGAAAAAUACAAUUUCGUUAUUAUGUUGUUCACGUGAUAAAAAGUGGAAAUGUAUAGAAUAAUUUUAAUUUUUAUAGUAUUUGUACCAGCCUAUGAUGCAAAUUUAUGCGGGUGCAAAUCUAUGAGGAAAUGUUACGUCGACAUGUUGAACAUACUAAAAGAUAAGGACGAAGAAGCGUGCGUUGAAAACGUUGCAACAGGAGCUGGCACUGUUAUGAUAUUUUUAAAGGCUUUGAAGCAGUACUGUCCUGAAGUAGUGAAAGUAGAAGAAAAAUAUGUUACUUAUGAAGGCAGACAUCUUUAUGAGGUGAUAGUAACUAAUAAUACUGCCAAACAUGUUGACGACGACACGAAACCAGUAAUCUUAAUAGAAGCGGGUCAAUUGGCAGGGUCAGAAUCUACAAAUUUGGUUCUAGUCCUCAUACAACAGUUAGCUGCUUGCAUUGAAUAUGAAGAUAUGAUAGAAAAAGUCAAGUGGGUUAUUCUACCCUGCACUAACCCGGACGGAUUGGAGUAUACCAGAUACAAUCGUGUGCAGUGGAAAAAGAAUUUGAAACCAUCGGACGACCAAAUGAAUCAUGGAGUAGACUUGUCUCGAAACUUCGACCAUCAAUGGAGUGCAUGCAAAAAACGCGGGAACAGUUUCUCCCCACAGUAUCCAGGAUUGUCACCUUUUUCUGAAAAUGAGACGAGAUUCGUAAGAGAUGUGAUGAACCGAUACAAAAAUCAGGCUAGAGCAUAUAUAUCAGUACGCAAGAAUGGUCAUUCCCUGCUCUUUCCAUACGCGUACACUAAAGUGAAAGUUGACGAUGAGGCGCAAUAUAAGAAAGUUGCUGAAAAAAUAGUGGAAAAGAUUAAUCAGAGAGCUGGUAUAAUUCAGCUGUUUAGCUCUGAGUCAAUUUUCUCAAUGAACGGAAAAGCGCACUGCGGGCAUAGUGUCGAUUACGCCUUCGAUCUUGGGAUUCCCAACUCUUUCGAGAUGCGCGUAUUCCUUGGAAGUGAAACGGAAGUCGUGACUAAGUUCCAGUCCCUACCUCGAGGUUACCAUAACUCUUUACUUUUGGGCUACCUUAGCGGUUUUAAGAAAUUAUAUGAGAUAAUUACCACUGACAAGAGCAAAAAUGCACAUUUUUAACUUCUGUUUCAUAUUCCAAGAACGAACAUUAGUUUUGAAAGACAAAAAAGAUCAUAAUGUUUUAUUUUACCGUUGUCGUAUUUAUUAGUGUAAUAAAGUAUUUGUAUAAAUUUUAUUGGAUUGAUAUUCAAUUAUUUUUUAAGUGAAAUUUCUUCACUAGUUUGUUAUAAUUAUUAAUACAUCGAUC